CAGUUGCGCCGACGAACGACGGCAGGACAGGUUGAAGUGAGACGAGUUACAUGUUUUCUCGCUUCAACUUGCCGCACUGUAUACAUUCAGCAGCGCAGCUAUAAAGAACGGACCAAGUUUAAUGCGGCUGUGAAAUCAGGCCUAAAGUAUGAAUGACGGGUGUUUUGAGUCAAAUUGUGUUACGUCGCGCACGUUCGCUCGUAAACACCGUUUCACGUUACUCAUCGAAGCUAAGUUCGCGUUGUGAAUCCUACAUAUCAGGGAGUGUGCGUCACAAUUAUUACAGCCGAGAAGAAGAGGAAGAAGAAGAUAAGCGGUCCAAGAGCACAGUCGGGCAGGCUGAGAUCAACACGAGCAGUCCGCAUCCCUAUGAGGCAAAAAAUGCGAGCAGGAAUAACACUGUUCUUCUGAGUUUCGAUCCGAAGGGCUCAGCCGCUUAAUCUUGACGUCAGCUUCAUUUUCUCGAUACUCUGCGAUCCUGUCCGAAAUGGAGCGUACUCAGUAGCACGUACCUGAUACGUUUCCCUUUCCGUGACAGACGGAUCGUGUGGUGCGAGUCCAGCGUAUUGCCGUGCGCGCGACCCUUGCUCUGAGGCGGAACAGCUGAUAACGGUGAACCAGUGCCCCGUCGAGGUGCUUUUCUUCUUCUGCCGAACACUGUGGGAAGAGAACAUUAUUCAAGAUGAAGAAAAAGGUCCUGUUAAUGGGAAAGAGCGGGUCGGGCAAGACAAGUAUGCGAAGCAUUAUAUUUGCAAAUUACAUCGCUCGAGAUACUCAUCGUCUGGGGGCGACAAUCGACGUGGAACAUUCCCACGUUCGCUUCCUCGGCAAUUUGGUGUUGAACCUGUGGGAUUGCGGCGGCCAGGAAGCAUUCAUGGAGAAUUACUUCGCGUCGCAGCGGGAUAACAUAUUCAGGAACGUCGAGGUGUUAAUUUACGUUUUCGAUGUGGAAUCGAGGGAGCUGGACAAGGACAUGCAUUAUUAUCAGAGCUGUUUGGAGGCCAUUCUGCAGAACAGCCCGGAGGCGAAGAUCUUCUGUCUCGUUCACAAGAUGGACCUCGUGCAGGAAGACCAGCGCGAUUUUAUAUUCAGGGAGAGGGAGGAGGAUCUGAAAAGACUGAGCCUGCCUCUGGAAUGUACCUGCUUCAGAACCAGCAUAUGGGACGAAACAUUAUACAGAGCGUGGUCCUCCAUCGUAUACAUGCUGAUCCCCAACGUGAAGGAACUCGAGCAGAGCCUGAAUCAAUUCGCCAACAUCAUCGAUGCCGAUGAAGUUCUCCUGUUCGAGAGGGCGACCUUCCUGGUAAUAAGCCACUGCCAGCGGCAAUUCCACAGGGACGUGCACCGCUUCGAGAAGGUCUCCAACAUAAUAAAGCAGUUCAAGCUGAGUUGCAGUAAAUUAGCGGCGCAGUUUCAAAGCAUGGAAGUCAGAAACACCAAUUUCGCGGCCUUCAUCGACAUAUUCACCUCGAACACCUACGUGAUGGUUAUCAUGUCCGAUCCGACUAUACCAUCCGCGGCGACGCUGAUCAACAUACGCAACGCCCGGAAGCACUUCGAGAAGCUGGAACGCGCCAGUCAAAGUUCAGCACUGACCAGAUAGAAGUCGGCGCGACCCAGGCGCCUCGUCACCCGGGUCCAACCUGUUAAUAACUGUUGAAUUUGCCACGCGAACGCGGGGAAGUGUUGCACCGUGUUGUGUUGUUGAGAAAUAGGCGAGACGUGAACGACAUGAGGGGGUGGGGGGGAGGGGGGGUACGUUCGAUCGUUCGUUGGCGAAACUGGGUCACAAAGUAACUUUAACACGCGGCUUUCAACGUGAGCGUUUAUGACAACGUAAUUGUGUGCGUGAUGCUCGGAGGAGGGCGGCUAUACUCGAUUAUCUCUCGCACCGUUCAUUAGGACUUUGAUUGUAAUGCAAUUGUCAUUCGUGUUGCAUGUAUAUACACGUUUCGUGAUCACCAAUGCAUCUUGCAGUUUAUCGAUGUGUGACAAUGACUGCGUAUACGCGCGACUGGCUCCGUAUUUUCUGUAUUCUGACUUUCGACUUGCCCGCGAUACGAGUCCUUGAUUGCGAUAAUGUUCAUAUAUAAUGUUAGUGAUAAAUAAAUAAAUAAAGAAACGCAGCGGAA